AUGUCAAAAUUACCAGCAACAUCGUGCCUGUUUUUUUUGCUAAUCGUGGCGAUUGCGCAGACCUCUGCGCAAGAUUUGCCUGCAGGCUUUCCCAAAUGCAAGCGUGAUGCCAAUUUUGAUAAAUGCCUUGUCGAUGCUGUCAACGUGGCAAUUCAAUUGCUAAAGAGUGGUAAUAAAGAGUAUGGCAUUCCAACGCUAGAGCCGCUGUCCGUGAAGAAACUUGUUAUAGAUGCCGGCAAUGCGCCAAUAACGUUGCGUCAAACCUUGAAAAAUGUGAAGGUGCACGACAUGAUCUCAACUAGCAAGAUUCAGCGGUACAGAACCGACUUGGACAAGCAUUUGAUUAUCUGUGAUAGCAAAACUGAUCGCAUUGAAAUGUUGGGCGACUAUGAGAUGUCCGGACGUAUUUUGCUGUUACCCAUUACCGGUAAUGGCAAGGCCAAUGUAACACUACUCAAUACCAAAAUCGAGCAUCGUCUGAUUGGAGAGCCCUUUGAAAAGGAUGGCGUUAAGUAUAUGCGUCUCAAGGAAUAUCGUGUGUCCUUUGAUCCUAAGCGUGUGUACAUGCGAUUCGACAACUUGUUCAAUGACAAAACGCUUUCGGAAGGCAUGAAUCGUUUUUUGAAUGAAAACUGGGAAAUUGUUUUUAACGAAUUAAAAGUGGGUUAUGCUAAAAGUUUUGGUCUGGUAUUCCGCGAGCUUUCAAACAAAUUGUUUGAGAAAAUUCCGUUUGAUACUAUAUUCCUGAGCUAA